GAGUGUAGGAUUCUCAAUCGCAUUCGCGGUAAAGGACCAAUUGCAUUCAAUAACACCAAUCUACACAAUUGGAUUCAUCGGUACUGAAUCGUUUGUAUUGACCAUCAAUCAGAACAUAASAUCAUACAAGCAGACAGAAGUAUUGGUUUACAUCUGCAAGACAAAUCGAUUCGAAAGCGGAURCAGAUGGUAGACAAGUAGUUUGCUCUUGGGUACUCAUUGCGCCGCAGAUCGUUGGCUUGAAAGGACCGCGAUGAUGGAACACCCUGCAGUCAAGAACGGCCAUCGCUUAACUCCGAUUCUGAUCGUUGCAAUARSUACGGGCAUUUUUCUAGCAGCGGCAAUGGCCUGUGAAUGCGAUGCAUUUGUCCCCGUGUCGGUUUUUAGAACCACAGUAGUCGAAAAUGAMAGCARCUCGGCCCGUCGCGUGGGCAGAAAUAUUGCCGAUGUGCGCACCGCAACACCAAAGACGGAAACUCGAGAACGGAACGAGAAAAAGAGUGAURSAGGUCGUGGCGUGGAGCCAGCUAACGAUGAUAGAAUCAAAAACRAACAAAAUCGAAACGAUCUCGAUCCAAUAGAAAAGUGGUGCCUUCACAAGCUUGAGUAUUGGUACGAGCGCUCGCAGAAACAGGUCCGCUGCCCCUUUUUCCGGCGGCGGUACGGAGACGUUCUCGACAAGGUCGAGGACUUUGUGCGAUUUUUUCUGGUGCGGCCCUACUUUCKAGAUUCGUCCCACCGGACCGAGGUUGGCCCCCGCAUGGCCUACCGAUCCUCCUCGUCGAGCGGGGACCGCAAAACGAGAAAYCUUCCGRUAGGGGAGCUCCUGGMAAUCCUCCGGGGAGACUGGGGUGCGGACAGGAGCCGCCGUAGAACCGUUAUGGCCACCGAUUGCGCCGACGAGAAAGGAUACUAUGUGACGGGCCGGCUCUCCCAGCGGAUUUAUCGGGACGACUGCCAGUUUCUCAGCCCCGACCCGGACUUGCCMCUCCGGGGUGUCCGCAAGUACGUCGGCGUUGCGUCGCAGAUCUUUCACUCGAAAUCGAGUUUUUCGAAGCUGAUCUCGCURGAGCAAGUCCCAGCUUCGGAACUGGUAUUGGCGAACGACGACAAUGAUUYCCAGAGAAUCAUCCCCCAAGGSAUGGUUCUGAAAGCAACGUGGAAACUUUCGGCCACGAUCAAUCUCCCGUGGAAACCGCAGCUUUCUGAAUUUACGGGAUCCACCCUCUAUUUUCUGGACCACGACCACCUGAUAUUCCGCCACCAGGAGACCUGGGACAUAACGGUGUGGGACGCCUUUCUCGCKAUGGUGAACAUGAGGAAUAGGUUGGAACCCCCCCGCAAGGAGGGCAGUGGGACCAAAGCGAAAUGCCCACUUGCCAUGUUUGCUCGAGCAAGCCAUCCCCUCCGUCACCAAGAACAAUUCCCGCCGUCGCUAUCAACAAAUAGUACCCUAAACUGCGGCAACUAAGCAAGAAACAAAUGAUGUGAAAUCGAACCGAACCGAACCGAACCGAACCGAACCGAAUCGAACCGAAUCGAAUCGAAUCGAAUCGAAUCGAAUUCGCAAAUCUAGAAAAUGAACAUACAUUACAACC